GAAGAUGACGGAUACAGUUGUCGCGGAGGGACAAGUCAAGUUUAGAGAUGGAAAAAAGUGGAAGAGUCGCUGGGUCGUGCUUCAGAAGCCCUCUCCGGUCGCCGACUGUCUGUCUCUGCUAGUGUACAAGGAGAAGAAGAAGGGGAAGGAGAAGGGCGGCGGCCACAAGGAGAGGCUCAAUGUGACACUGGAGGGGAUCUGCGGUGUGGAGCCAGGGCCCGGCUAUGACGGGGUGUCCUACACUCUCUCCAUCCUCUGCCUGGCGCAGACGCUGGUCCUGGGCUUCAACAGCCGAGACGCUCUGCUGGCCUGGGAUGCCCGCGUCUGCUACAGCCUGGGAGAAGUCCAUAGGUUCAAUGUCAAUGUCGAACCGGGUACCAAACUGGAAACCGGCCCCGCCUCCCUUCACCUGUGCAACAACCUGCUGGUCCUCACCAGAGGUCUCCCUCCUGUCGUCACUGGCCACUGGAAGUUGUCGGCGUUGCGUCGAUAUGGUGCUGUGCCACAUGGCUUUGUGUUCGAGGGGGGGACUCGCUGUGGAUACUGGGCUGGUGUUUUCUUCUUGUCCUGUUCAGAAGGAGAGCAGAUCAGUUUCCUGUUUGACUGCAUUGUCAGGGGAAUCAACCCCAGCAGGGCCCCGCCUGGCCUGCGACCUUCCCUGCCAGAUCCAAAUGCUGACCCAGCUUCCGCAGAGGAACGAAUCAGCCAGGAGGCUUCAGAGCUGGAGAAAAGACUCAGCAUGUUGUCUCACUGCAGCCUAGCGAGCAGCACAGCCUCCACUUACAGCUGCAGCGCAUCUGUUGCCGGGGAUGACCGCAGCAGCCUCUCCAGCUCCUCCUCCAGCCAAUCAGAUGCGAGCUAUGGAAGCAGACUUCCACUUUGGACGGAGCCGUUAGCUAGAGCGCACCUCUCCAAUGAGACGGCGUCGAGCUCCUCCACGCUGAAGCCUUUGACCAGUUCAGAUGAUCGGCUUUAUGCUGUUGUGAUGGGAGGGUCUGGGACACAUCCGUCCUCCGCCCAGCUCCAUCCUCGUGGUCUCCAUGACAGCGGACGGCAGAGCUCCUUAGACAGUGGGAUUGGGAUAGCGAUAGGCAGUCAGUCGUCUUACUCAGGGAGCUGCUCCUCGUGUACAGGGAGUCUGGACACGGCCAGCCAGGGAGGAGGCGAGGAGUUUGGCUCUGUGGCUAGUCUACCUGCUCCUCCUCCUUCUUCACCUCCUUCUGCUCAUCCCCCCUUUUCUCCUCCUCCUCCUCCUCCUCUUUCUUCUUUUCAGUCCACACUUACCCCAGAGCACAGUUCUGCUACCUCCUCCUCCUACUCUUGUGCCUCCAGAUCUAGCUCAUGUGCCUCUCAUAGGCACAGUGAGGAAUACCAGAUCCCCAGCUUGCUCAGACAACAGUACGAUACCCCCAGGAGUCUCCUCCAGACCCUGUCCCUGAGGGAAACCUCAGCCCAGGGAGCCCCACCUGAGGAGGGAAGGGACAGCCGGAACAGUGGGGAUGGCGGGGGUAGUCAAGGGUUGAGCAGCAGCCCCACUGGACCGAGGGCUCAGAGUCAGGCCAUGAUGCAACGCUCGCACUCAUGGGGCAGCGAGGGGGCGCCCUCUGUGGACAGUGAGGGGAUGUCCAUACACAGGCCCCCGCUAAUACCUGGAGGCCUGGUUUGUGAAGAAAAACAGUGCAGUCAAGGAUUAGACAACUACAUUACACCCGAGCAGUGGCGGUCAGUGAGGAAUAGAUGCUUGAUGCAGGUUGCCAACUCCCCACCAUCAGGCCUUUCACCUCCCACAGAUACGCAAGAUCCUCCUCUCCAUGUGAGAGAGGAACAUGAUGGCAGUGUGGAUGUUGGCAAUAAGUUGGCAGGUCUGAAGAAGUCGUUUCCCUCUCUGCCACGCUCUGCUCCUCCACCUCUGCCUAUCACACUGGGCAUGUAUAGGCCAACGUCAGCCCGUGGUAUGUUCCAGUCUCCCCAUGAAGCUCCUCCAUCUGCGUCCCUGGACACUGGGCUCUGUAGUGACAGCACUAUUAAUUAUGUCAACAUCCCCAUUAGCCCCCUGCCGGCUAAAACUAACAGAGAGCUCCUGUACACGGAGCUGGACCUGCAGGAGCCCGCCUCAGCUCCAGUCUCCAGUCGGCAUAGUGCUGUCAGAGGUAACCCUUUGCAGCUCUGCAGACCCAAAGAGGGCUCCAUCAGGUACGCCCACCUCGACAUCACUGCCAUGGAAACGGCUCAGAGAGUGGGGGCGGAGCAUGUUCAGGGCAGGGAGGACAGACUGACUCAGUUGGAGAACAGGUGGCGAGGGCCACCAAACUGACUCUGCAACGCCCAACUCGAUGACACUUUAAAAUAGUUUUCAUUACAGAUUCUCUCUAUCUCUCUGAAUAAGCUAUAAUGCUCAAAUGCAGUUGAUCAUCAUACUUAAAAACACACACACACACACACACACACACACACACACACACACACACACACACACACACACACACACACACACACACACACACACACACACACACACACAGUUGUGCCAGUGUACAGAAAUUCCCACAAACAAUCCAUUCCACUAAAAAGAAGAAAACAGGAAAUGUCUGGGAAGUCUCUUAUGCAGCUGCCAUCAUGGAUGUCUUUUGUUUAUAUGUUGUAAAUUCUCAUAUACUUGGACUUAGUGUUGUCCUUUUAUCCUAGAAAUGUUUCUUUUUGCUGGCUGCAUGGCACUUAAAUAAGCUGAGACAACUGUUGACGGGGGAACUUUUUUCUAUGUGCCUCUUCUAUCAGGACGACUGCUGAACAUUGGUAUAGAAUGGUCUAAAUUAUGAGGGAAUGGCACCAAAAACCAAUGUUUACCACUUAUUAGAGAUGGGAGACACAGAAACAGUAGCUGCUGUAAUUUGUUGUAAUUUCUUUGAAAUUCUGGCUAAAUAUACCUUCUUCAGACUGUUUUGGUGUGGCUGUAUUUGUCGUUACCUUUCUUACUAAGAGCUACCAACUGCCAUUGUUUAAAUUCAUAUUAUUUAUCACAGUUUUGGAGCAUAGUAUGAUCACAUAUUGAGAUCAAGCCCUUCUCAUUGCACUGACACCUUACAAUCAACUGCUAAGAGUCCCAGCUUGCUUGGCAAUCAUUCCACAUAACAGCUUAAAAGCAUUCGAUUGAAAUAAGCAGUUUAGAGUUAUAUCUUGGGUGCAAAUUACAUUAAUCCAGGCCCGUGUGGUCCGAGCAGAACAUGACUGAGUAAUCGGCCAGCCGGUAACAUUAUUCAUCUCAGUAAUCAAUGUCUCUGUUUCUGGUCUGUAAGAGGGCAAGCACAGUGUGUGUUCCAAUUUCUCACCUCCCUCUUGAUAUUAUCAGGACAAAUUGUCCAAUAUUUGACAAUUAUUUAUUUUGUGGUAGCAGUUCCUCACCAGCGUCUCUGAGGAGAUGAGGAUGAAGACAA